GUCAGUAGCCGCGGGUGCCGAUGGCUGGGGCGGCGGGGCCGGCGGGGCUGCGCGCUGAGCGGUGAAAUGUCCCAGCGUUCCCAGCUGAGGAAGCAGAGGGAGAUGGACGCUGAGCCCUGACUGCCGAGCUCGGGCAGCACAAAGGGUGGGAAACCCAGGAGAGAGGAGCCCUCGCAGCCUCCAUCCCUCCCCAGCAGCGCAGACAAUGGCCCCAGGAGCUCCAAGGGAGGCAGGAGUGUGGAGGCAAACCCGAGCUCUGCUCUUCAAGAAUUGUCUGAUCAAGUGCAGGACCAAGAAGAGCAGUGUGCAGGAGGUGCUUUUCCCUCUGUUUUUCCUCUUCUGGCUGAUCCUGAUGAGCAUGAUGCACCCUCACAGGAAAUAUGACGAGGUGCCCAACACAGACCUGGGCCCCCUGGACCCCUCGGUGCUGGUGAAUUUUGUCAUUGGCUACACCCCCCCCACGGCCCAGGCUCGGGACAUCAUGAGGAAAGUGGCUUCCGACAACUUUGAGGAUGGCCUCAUCACUGAGGAGUAUUUGAGUGAGGAGGAGCUGGAGGAGGCGAGUUUCCUCAAGCCCUCCAACUUUGUGGGGGUGGUGUUCAAGGACCCCAUGUCCUACCAGCUGAGGUUCCACGACUCCAUCGCCAUGUCCUCCAUCUACACCGAGUCCAGAGCCACGUGCUCCAACCUGCGCAAGAGCUGCGAGUCCGUGACCUACUGGAGCUCGGGGUUCACAGCCCUGCAGGCCUGCAUUGAUGCUGCCAUCAUCCAGCUGAAAACAAACCAUUCUGUCUGGGAACAGCUGGAUCUGACCAGAGCCAUGGUUAUGGGAGAGGCUGCAGUGGUGGAAAUUGAUAAUUUCCCUCGUGCAAUCAUUUUAAUUUACCUGGUGAUUGCAUUCUCCCCCUUCGGGUAUUAUUUGGCAAUUCACAUCGUGGCAGAAAAGGAGAGGAAGCUGAAGGAGUUCUUGAAAAUUUUGGGACUCCAUGACACUGCCUUCUGGCUGUCCUGGGUGCUGCUCUACGUGAGCCUGAUUUUUGUCAUGUCCAUCCUGAUGGCAGUGAUUGCCACAGCCUCGUCCCUGUUCCCCCAGAGCAGUGCCUUUGUCAUAUUCCUGCUUUUCUUCCUCUACGGAGUCUCCUCUGUUUUCUUUGCCCUGAUGCUGACCCCUCUGUUUAAGAAGUCCAAGCACGUGGGGAUUGUGGAGUUCCUGGCAACUUUGGUUUUUGGCUUUGUGGGCCUCAACAUCGUCCUGCUGGAGGAUUUCCCCAAAUCCUUCGUGUGGAUCCUCAGCCCUUUGUGUCAGUGCAGCUUCUUGAUUGGUGUUGCACAGGUGAUGCACCUGGAGGAUUAUGAGGAUGGGGCAACAUUUGCAAACAUCAACGCUGGUCCUUACCCUCUGUGUAUCUCUCUGAUUCUCUUGGUGCUGGACAGCAUCUUUUACCUGCUGGUGGCUGUCUACCUUGACCAGGUGGUCCCAGGUGAGUUUGGCCUGCGCCGCACGCCCUUUUUCUUCAUGAAACCCUCCUUUUGGUCAAAGCGCAGGAAAAACUACAAGGAGCUGUACGAGAGCAGCAUCAACGGCAGCUUGAGCUUCAGUGAGAUUGUGGAGCCUGUGCCUUCAGAAUUCCAGGGCAAGGAAGCCAUCAGAAUCAGCUGUGUUCAGAAAACAUUCAGGAAGAAGGGGGAGACCGUGGAGGCUCUCAGAAAUUUGUCCUUUGACAUCUACGAGGGGCAGAUCACGGCGCUGCUGGGCCACAGCGGCACCGGGAAGACGACGCUGAUGAACAUCCUGUGUGGGCUGUGCCCUCCCUCUGAUGGGUUUGUGUCAGUCUAUGGGCACAGGGUGUCUGAGAUUGAUGAGAUGCUGGAGGUGCGGCAGAUCGCGGGCGUGUGCCCCCAGGCCGACAUCCACUUUGACAUCUUGACUGUGGAGGAGAACCUCUCCAUCUUUGCUGCCAUCAAGGGCAUCCCUCAGAACGAUUUGAUACAAGAGGUGCAGAAGGUGUUGCUGGAUUUGGAGAUGCAGCCCAUCAGGGACAAUCAAGCCAAAAAAUUAAGUGGGGGGCAGAAGAGGAGGCUGUCAGUGGGAGUUGCUGUUCUUGGGAACCCCAAGGUUUUGCUGCUGGAUGAGCCCACGGCAGGGAUGGAUCCCUGCUCCCGCCACAUCGUCUGGAACCUGCUGAGGAGCAGGAAAGCCAACCGUGUGACAGUGUUCAGCACCCACUUCAUGGACGAGGCUGACAUCCUGGCUGAUCGUAAAGCUGUGAUUUCCCAAGGGAUGCUGAAAUGCCUCGGCUCUUCCCUCUUCCUCAAGAGCAAGUGGGGUAUUGGCUACCGCCUGAGCAUGCACAUUGAUGCCUACUGCAACACAGAGGCCACCACGUCUCUGAUCAGGCAGCACAUCCCUGCAGCCAGCCUGAUCCAGCAGAACGAUGAGCAGCUCGUGUACACCCUCCCUCUCAAGGACAUGGACAAGUUUGCAGGUUUGUUCUCUGACCUGGACACCCAUUCCCACCUGGGCGUCAUCACCUAUGGCGUGUCCAUGACCACGCUGGAGGACGUUUACCUGAAGCUGGAGGUGGAGGCAGAGAUUGACCAAGCAGAUUACAGCGUGUUCCACUCGCAGCAAGCCCAGGAGGAGGUGGACACCAAGUCCCUGGAUGACAUGGAGCAGAGCCUGCUGAUGCUCUCCGAGGCCAAGGCACCAGCCAUGAGCAACUCAGCCCUGUGGAAGAAGCAGGUCUCCACCAUAGCCAAAGUGCACUUCCUCAGCCUGAAACGGGAGAACAAAUGUGUCAGAGUUAUGUUGUUGCUUUUCCUCAUUUUCCUUGUAGUUCAGAUUUUGUUGUUUUUCAUACACCACAUCAUCAAAAAUGCUGUAGCUGCUAUCAAACUCUCCCCAGAUUUGUACUUGCUGAAGCCUGGAGAGAGCAGUCACAAGUACAGGAGUCGGCUCCUGCUGCAGAACUCCACAGAGUCGGAUAUCAGUGACAUUGUGCACUCCCUGGGGAGCAUGAACAUCCUCUGGGAGAUGCUCAAUGACAGUGAUUAUGUCUCAGUGGCACCUCACAGUGCAGCUCUGAACGUGUUUGCCCUCCAGUCCAGGCAGAAUUAUGUUUUCAGCAUCAUAUUCAACAGCACCAUGGUGCAUUCCCUGCCAGUUCUGAUGAACAUUGUCAGCAACCUCCUCCUGCGCAGCCUGAACGUGACUGAGAGCAUCCAGAUCUGGAGCAACCCCUUCAUUCAGGACCUUCCAGACACAAUUUUCAGGCUGGAGAUCUAUUUUGAAGCCGUGUUGCUGGGGAUCAUCAUCACUGGGAUGCCACCCUACUUCGCCAUGGACAAUGCAGAAAACCACAAGAUCAAGGCUUACACCCAGCUGAAGAUUGCAGGGCUCUAUCCCUCAGCUUACUGGACUGGCCAGGCUGUGGUGGACCUGCCUCUGUUCUUCCUCAUCCUCAUCCUCAUGAUUGGCAGCCUCUUUGCCUUCCACUAUGGUGUUUAUUUCUACGUGGGCAAGUUCCUGGCUGUGAUUUUUUGCCUGAUUGGCUACGUCCCCUCCGUCGUGCUCUUCACCUACGUGGUCUCCUUCACCUUCAGAAAAGUCCAGAACACGAAGGAAUUUUGGUCAUUUAUAUUUUCAGUGACAGCCCUGCUCUGCACAGUUGUCACUGAGGUGUCCUUUUUCCUGGACCAUUACCUGGUGACCACCAUCCUGCACUAUGUCUUCUCCAUCUUCAUCCCUAUUUAUCCCCUCAUUGGCUGCCUGAUUUGUUUUAUAAAGGUCUCGUGGAAAGGCAAGAGUGAGAGCGGGGGAUUCCACGACCCCUGGGACCGGCUGCUGGUGGCAGUUCUGGCUCCCUACCUGCAGUGUGUGCUGUGGCUGUUCCUGCUGCGCUGCUUCGAGCUGAAGAACGGCGGGAGGACGGUCAGAGAAGAUCCCUUCUUCAGGAAAUGUUUCACCAAAGCCAAGCCCUGGAAGUUCCCAGACGUGCCUCACGAGGAGAACGAGGAUGAGGAUGUGAAGGCAGAGAGGCUGAGAGUCAAGGAGAUCCUGAGCAGCCCCAGGAGUGAGGAGAUGCCAGCAAUCCUGGUCAGCAGCCUGCACAAAGAGUUUGAUGAGAGGAAGGAAUUUCUUCUGGGGAGAAAAAUAAAGAAAGUGGCAACCAAACAUGUUUCCCUCUGUGUGAAGAAAGGAGAAAUCCUGGGUUUGUUGGGACCCAAUGGAGCUGGGAAAAGCACGUUAAUUAAUAUGCUUGUUGGAGAGAUUGAGCCAACCAGUGGGCAGGUGCUGAUGGGAGAUGAUUCCUUGGGGCUGAGCAGUGAGGAUGACUCUGUGAAAUUCGUGGGGUACUGUCCCCAGACAAAUCCUCUGUGGCCAGAUAUCACACUGCAGGAGCACUUUGAGAUUUAUGGUGCCAUCAAAGGCAUGAGCCAGGCUGAUGUUAAAGAGGUCGUCAAACGCAUCGCCAGCGUGCUGGAUCUGAAGGACCACCUGCAGAAGACCACAAAGAAGUUGGGCAUGGGGCUGAAACGCAAGCUCUGCUUUGCCCUCAGCAUGCUGGGCAACCCGCGGGUGACGCUGCUGGACGAGCCCUCCACAGGGAUGGACCCCAAGGCCAAGCAGCACAUGUGGAGGGCAAUCCGAGCAGCCUUUAAGAACAAGGAGAGAGCAGCAAUCCUGACCACACACUACAUGGAGGAGGCAGAUGCUGUCUGUGACCGUGUGGCCAUCCUGGUGUCAGGGCAGCUCAGGUGUAUAGGUACUGUCCAACACCUGAAGAGCAAAUUUGGCAGAGGAUACUUCUUGGAAAUGAAGUUGAGGGAAACAGCAGAUGUGCAGCAGGUGGAGUAUCUGCAGAGCCAGAUUCUGCACAUCUUCCCCAACGCCAACCGCCAGGAGAGUUUUGCUUCCAUCUUGGCGUAUAAAAUUCCCAAAGAAGAUGUACAGUCACUUUCACAUUGUUUUUCCAAGCUGGAGGAAGUAAAACACGCCUUCAACAUCGAGGACUACAGCUUUUCCCAAGCAACACUGGAACAGGUGUUUGUGGAGCUGGCUAAGGAGCAGGAGGAGGAGGACAGCAGCUUUGGCACCCUGAACAGCAGCCUGUGGUGGGAGAGGACACAGGAGGACAGAGUCAUCUUCUGAGCUCCUCGUGCUCCUGUGGGUGCCAGCACCAGCCCUCCCUCUGCUCCUGGAGCUGGGCUGGGCAAGGACAGCUGGCUUGGGGAGCUCUGAGCCUGUGCCACCGUCCUGGCCUUGGAAUAGGAGCUGUGACCCCAAAUCCUCCUCCCCUCGCUGCUCCCGGGCUCUGCUGGGCAGGAGGGCACAGCCACAGCAUCUCCUGGAGCAGCAGCUCCCAGCUGCCUUCCCCUGGCUCUGCUGGGCAGGAGGGCACAGCCACAGCAUCUCCUGGAGCAGCAGCUCCCAGCUGCAUUCCCCGGGCCCUGCUGGGCAGGAGGGCACAGCCACAGCAUCUCCUGGAGCAGCAGCUCUCAGCUGCAUUCCCCUGGCUCUGCUGGGCAGGAGGGCACUGCCACAGCAUCUCCUGGAGCAGCAGCUCCCAGCUGCCUUCCCCUGGCUCUGCUGGGCAGGAGGGCACUGCCACAGCAUCUCCUGCAGCUGGUGGCUAUCAGGAGCUCUCAGCUGCAUUCCCCUGGCUCUGCUGGGCAGGAGGGCACAGCCACAGCAUCUCCUGCAGCUGGUGGCUGUCAGGAGCUCCCAGCUGCCUUCCCCUGGCUCUGCUGGCAGCACGUUGGGCUGUCCUUCACUCUCUGCCCCAGGGAUUUGCAAGGUCUGGCCGUGCCCAUCCUGGGCUCUCUGCCCAUCCUGCGCACCCAUCCCUGCUCCUCACCAGCCCAGCCACCCCUGCUUCUGCUUUGAAGAUGCUCCUGCUUAGAAGAGAGGGUGGAAAAAACCUCUGCAGAGUCCCUGUCCCUCUGCAAGGAGGGUCCUGACCUGCAGGGCCAGCUCAGCUUGAGGAUGUUCACCUGCAGAGCAAACCCGGAACCUUCCCCCGCAGGCUGGCAGCUGUGGGUGCCCCUGGGGUUUGUCCUGAGGGGCACAAAGGGCGGGCAGAGUGGUGUGGUUGUGCCCUGUGUCCGUUCAGAGCAGUCUGAUUGUCCCCCCCUGGCUGUGUGUCCUGCCAGCUGCUGUCACACACAGGGCUUUGGAGAUGGUUCAUUUUCCUUGCCAGCCGUGCAAUCGUGAGCUCCAGUGUUCCCCAGUCUCUCGUUGUUGUGGUUGCAGUCACGCAGGGCCCAUUCUGUCACCCGUUUUGUCACCCCCUUUGUAAAACCCCAAACAAAAGGGUCCCAGCUCACAGCCUCACCCAUAAGAAAGGUGCCUUUGGUUUGCCUUGAAGCACUAAAAAGAGUAGAAUAUGUGGUCCUUUAGCCUGAGAUAUGACAGGUAUGUCAGGUUGAAAAUAUAUUAUUUUUUUGUUUUUUUUCUAUGCAAAGCUAUCAUCACUUUUUUUUUAGUUUUAUAAGGGGAAAUUAAAGAUUGCUCCCAGUUCAUUUUGCUCUGCAAUGAACAGAGAUGUGUUUCUAUUGAGACAUUGGCUUCAUAAGUCAUAUCAUUUGUGUAUCUUCCCUUUAAAGUUAGAAAAAACCUUGUUUUUCUUGAGAAAACUAAAAAAAAAAGGGUAAAUUUAGAGUUGUGUGUCCCAGCUGUGUGUAAUUAUCAGGCAAUAAUGUGUGUGAUGUGUCUGAUAAUGGUUUAUCAGUGUGUUCAGCCAAAAUCUGUUUCCAUCAGCUUCUUAUCUAGGGAAAUGUGAACUCCUUAUGCAGAAUUUCACUUCCUCUUUUGUACCCAUAGGUUGCACAGAAAUGCACAACUUUGGGUUUUUCCAGUUAAAAUUUGAGCCCAAGCCCUACAGAAAGCCCUGGACAUCCCAGGGAAGCACAGCCCUGGAAAUUAGGAAUUAAAUGGAUUAAAGCAAACUGCAGCUCCGGCACUGCCUGUCAGGGGUGAAACUUGUCAGAAAAUAACCAAAAAAAACCCCAAAUUCAGGUGUUGUGCUUAUUUAGCCCCAGCCCUGCUGCUGCCUGGGAGCUCUGAGCUUUUGCCUUCAUUUGGAGCAAUUUGGGACUCGGAAUUCUCUUGGCACUUCCCCAUGCAGGUGUGAGCACAAGUUGAGUGCAUUUUCCCCAAAUCCCACAUUUCUUUGGUGUCUUUUUGCCAGUGGUGUUUCAGCCAAGUGUCACCUGCCCAUCAAUCCAGCACAUUUUUGUCACCUGGAUUUAGGGAAUUAGUGUGACCUGUGAGCAGCUUUGGUGUCUGCCUUGAAUUUAUUCUUUCACUUGGAGUUAAUAGUCUGUGAAAUAGUUCUGUGCUGUCUGUUUCAGAUGUUUCCAUAUUUCCUCACAUUUCAGAUGGGAAAACUUUGGAUUGGAAGCCAGAUGAGCUCAGUUUGGUGCUGUUAUUUAUCUUGGAGGAGCCCAGUGGAUGGUGGCACUGGUUUUUUUGUGCAGCUCCAGAAAGGACAGAGAAUUUGGCUCAUUUGAUUAAUUCCGUCUUUGGGUGGGAUCUGCUUGGCCUGGUGACAUCAUGUGUUAAAAUGGGGCAAAAUUCCACCCCAAAACAUCACUGUCCUCAUGUCAGAAGUGUUUGAGAGUGUCCUAAAAUGUCUGUAAUUGUCAGAAUAGCAAAAUUAAACCAGGGAAUGCCCUGGGAACAGCGGAUUUAUUCCUGGCAUUGGAAGCUCUUUGUUCAGCUGUUAUCAGUGCCAUUCCAAAUCCCAUCCAUCCACACACCCAGCCUGUGCUCCCAGAGAUAAACUGGAUUUGGGGGGAUUUGGGGUAAAUUUAACCAGUUUGGGUCCCCAUUCCCAGGUGAGCUGGUUGGAGCUGCCUUGCAGUGAUGGAUCCAAAGCUUGGAGAACGCAUUCACUUGGUGCUGUUGUAUUUUUCUAUGGAGAGUUUCAGGUGUCUGGUUUCGUUCAGGUUCCCAAGAAAUGUCCUUGUUUAGGAGUAUCUCUGUUCAGCAAGUGAGAUUUAUGGCACGGCCAGCACGCAGAGCUGGGGCAGCAGGAGCAGAGGGUGUCAGCCUGAAGGUGACGCAUGUGGGACACUCCUCCUGCUGCAGCUCCUUUACACACUUGCCUUUCUUCCAGCACUUGGCUGCACUUGUAAAGGUGAGGGUUUUCCUUUCCCAGCUGGAAGUACUUCCAAAAUAAAGAUGGAUUGGGUUGUUAAA